AUGAACCGCUUGCGCCUCCCAAGCCGCCUCAAGAUUGCUCGACCAUCUUUAAAGAGUCACCCCUCGAAACUUGCUCUACGAACGAAGAAGGUCCCGCCUGGCUUUCCUUCCUACAUUGGUGUCAUUACCCGACACCACAUACCCAAGCUCUUGUCAGACGGCACCUCGGUUUGGUUUCCGUAUCCAGGCCGGUCACCAAGAGGACACACGCUCCGAGCUGUGUUGAACAUUCCUCGAGAGCUAAACCCGACAAUCACGACGAUAAACAAGGCCGUCGCCCCAGAAAAGAACCAGGGCAACGCCCAGACGAUGACUUCCUACACCCAGGUGGUCACCACCCCCACGGCUGACACGCCGGGGGCGUGUGUGCUGCUGCAUUUCGACCGGCGCCGUUAUCUCUUUGGGCGCAUGGCCGAGGGAACACAGAGGGCGAUGGUGCAGAGGAAGGUUGCGAUGGCGAAGAUCCAUAAUAUCUUUGUCACGGGCACGGUCGACUGGAGCACGACGGGAGGGUUGCCGGGCUUGAUGUUGACUCUGGCCGACGUUGUGGCAGGAGCAAAGGCUGCCCGUGCCGACGAGCUUGCCGUGCGGGAAGCGAAGGGGUUGAAGUCGAAGGACAGGGAUAUCGACGACGACCUUCAUAUCUACGGAGGUAGGAACUUGGUACAUUCUCUGGCUACUACCCGACGGUUUAUUUUCCGCAAGGGCAUUCCCCUUAGUCUGAACGAGAUCCGAACCGAUUCGCCGUCUCAGAGAAACGACCGUGCCAUCCCCGACUUUGAGGAUGAUCUCGUCCGUAUCUGGCACCUACCAAUAACCUCGAAUUCAAGCGCCAGUCGUCCAGGGUCUAGAAAACGCAAACACAGCGACUUGGAGGAGGGGGAGGAAGAGGCCGAAACGGCAGUUACAGAGCAGGCUGAGCUUUCGGAUGCGGAGGCUCAGCACAUCAGACAGGCUGCCGUUGCGGGCAUGUUUUCUUCGACGUGGAGUCUUGAUACCCUGCACGAGGUGAACCUGCGCGAUGCCGACCCAUUGGCCAAGAUCUUUUUCCGUUCCGAAGGCGGUAUGAUCGAGGAGUACAAGGGGCCUCGUCCUGGCAACACUGAAAAGUUGCCAGAUAUUAGGGUCUUGAUCCGUUCGCCAUGGCCGGCGGCCAAGAUUGAGACGCUCCCCAUUACGAAGCCGUCCAACGAGUCGCUGUGUUAUAUCGCCAAGUGCCACCCACGACGUGGCAAGUUCAAGCCCGAGGAAGCUAACAAGCUUGGUGUUUCGAAGUUUGACUUCAAAAAGUUGAUCGAUGGAGAAACUAUCACGCUCGAGAAUGGCACAGUGGUGACUCCUGACAUGGUCAUGGAGCCUACUGUCGCGGGGCGAGGCCUUGCCGUGAUCGACAUACCAGCCGAAGACAUGGUGAACAGCUUCCUCGCUCGUCCAGAGUGGUCGGAUUCAGCGCUUAUGAGCGGGAUUGACGUGAUGUAUUGGAUCUCGUCGGAGCAUUUUAGCGCUUACCGUGAUGAGAGGCUCGUUGAGUUCAUGAAGAAGUUUCCUUCGGUACAACACGUUCUGCUCGGCCAGGAUGUUUGCCCAAACACAUUGGCACUGCAAGAUCCAGCCGACAAGACGCUCAAGCUGAAUUUCAUUGACCCCGAUCGGUUCCCUCUACUGAAGUUCGACAGCCGGCCGCUUGCCCCUGUGGAUGCGGGCGAUGUUGGCGCGGCUGGCGCCAGAAUCAACUUGCAUCCCAAGCCAGGGCCUUCUUCAGAGUUUUUGGUUUCCCCUAUCGACCCAAUAGGCACCCUCAAGGCAUUGGUUGGACAGCACCGCGAGGUGGUAGAGAUGGCAAGAGAGGCGAGCAAGAAGAUUGCCGACCCGGCCUUCCUUGUCGAAGUUGAGGAAUCCCAGAAGGAUAUCCCCAACCGUGACACAGAGAUCAUCCCGCUGGGUACCGGCUCUGCCUUGCCGUCCAAGUACCGCAACGUCUCUGCCACGCUCAUCCGUGUCCCCGGCCACGGCAGCUACCUGUUCGACUGCGGAGAGAACACACUUGGCCAACUCCGCCGUUUGUAUGGUAACGAAGGCACAGACGAGGUCCUCAAAGACCUCCGCGCCAUUUACAUCAGCCAUCUCCACGCCGACCACCACUUUGGCACCGCCAGCAUGAUGGCCCGCUGGAACAAGGUGACCGCCGGAACCGACGCUUUACUCGGUGUCAUCGCCACCGGAGGGUUCCACUCCUGGAUGCUCGAGUACGACGGCGUCGAGCCUCUGGGUCUGGACCGCGUAGUCGGCAUCGUUCCCUACCGUGGGGGGCAGCCCAACGCCGAUUUGGGCUGGAAAUUUCCGCCCACCUUGAACCAGUCGGAGUGCAAUACCAUGCAGGAACGUUUCCCAAAGGUGGAGAUCUGUUGGGUAGACCACUGCCAAAAUGCCACCGCCAUCGUCAUGACCUUUGCCCCCUCUGGCCUGAAGAUCGCCUACUCUGGAGACUGCCGCCCGUCUAAGAAAUUCGCGGAGCUAGGAAAGGGCGCGCAUUUGCUGCUGCACGAGUGCACCUUUGAAGACGGGCUCAAAGGGGAUGCCGUGGCGAAGAAACAUUCCACCAUCAGCGAGGCGCUCGCGGUGGGGAGGGAUAUGGGCGCGAGAAGGAUCUUGCUCACGCAUUUUAGCCAGCGGUACCCGAAGCUGCCUGCUCCUGAGGGGGAGGGGGAGAAGGUAGAGUUGGGGAAGGACACGGCGGUGCUGUACGCGUUUGAUCAUAUGAGGGUGAAGCUGGGGGAGUUUAAGCAGGCGGAGGAGUUUAUUCCUGCGAUUAAGAAGUUGUUGGAGGAGGAGAUGAAGGAGAAGGAGGGGGAGGAUGGGGAAGAAGGGGAGGAGGGUGGGGAGGAGGCGGCAAAGAAGGCUGAGAAAAAGAAGGAGCAGGAGAGGAAGAAGGCGGAGAAGCAGAAGAAGAAGCUGGAGCAUGCCAAGGCUGCGAUGGAGCAGAAGAAGGGGAAGGGGAAGAAUAGGGGGAAGGUGGCGGAGUUGGUGAAGGAGGGUGAGGGUGGUGAGAAGCCAGAAGGUACAGAGAAGCCUGUGGAGAAACUCGAGGUGACCAGCUCUGAGGGCGACGCAAAGUCAGAGGAAGUCAAAACUCAAGAGGGUGUUGAAAAGCUUGAAGUGAAAGAGUCAGAGGAUGUCGUCAUGACAUAG